UGGAGUUACGUUCCCGGAUUGAAUUGAUCAAAGCCCAAGUCAAUCGUUGUGAAAGUCAUCUACUUUCACCUUGACUUUGCUAAGGAUACUACUAUUAUAAGUAGUUCUUGUGAGCAAAACUCAGAAGGAUAUGAGAAAUCAUGGAGGAUAUCUUGUAGUUGACAUCGACCAAGUCAAAUUGAGAAAGAACAAGAAGUUUUUUUCCUGAUGGCAGCAAAACUAGUGACGCUAGUUCUACUGGUGCUCCUGGUGCUGAAUUGCGAGGGGAUUGGACUGGGAGACAAGCUUGGUGCGAGGCAGCCACCAUGGAUGUCACUUAACAACACUUUUGCAUUUGGAUUCCACACAAGCGAUGGGAUUGGUGAGCUCUUUACUCUUGCAAUCUGGCAUCAAAGCACAGGAACAGUAGUAUGGGAGGCCACUGAAGCGCUCAUCAAGAAUGGUAGCACUACCGAGAAACCGAAGAUCAAAGUAGGCAAAACUGGAGAGCUCGAGCUUAAAGAAACUGGACUCAUCGUUACAGACAAGUCCAUGACAGUAUGGCUUGUCCGCUGUGAGAAUUGUUCUAUCGCCACCGCGUCCUUGGAAGAAACUGGCAACUUUGUGCUGCUCGACCGUAGCUCGGACAGGAUUUGGCAAAGUUUUGACUUCCCAACAGAUACUCUCCUUCCUGGACAAGAACUUCGUGGAAAUACGAGUUUGGUCGCUGGAAAAUACCGGCUUAGCAUGAACAGACGGGGUAUUGAACUCUACUUCCAGGACUACUUGAAUCAUUCCUACUGGGGCAUCAUCAACAAGCAGCUCAACACCUCAGAGUCGACAAUGACUUCUACUCCGAAGUUCACUUUCAGCAUCGAUGGUCAUCUUGCCUUUUUCGAUGCCAACGGAAGCUCCUGGUACCGCUACAAGUUCGACAACGCUCAAAAGUACCCGAUAGAUCUCGGUGAUACGAGCGUGACCCGGAGGCUCACGCUGGAAAAAAAUGGAACGUUGAGGAGUUAUAGCUGUGGCAGCAGGGAAAAAAGGUGGAGAGUGGUAUGGCAGUCGGCAUUGCUCGAAUGUGAAGUUUUUGGGACGUGUGGAGCUUUUGGCUUGUGUGGAUACAAGCCGAGGAAGAGCUGCUCGUGUCCACCGGGAUUUUAUGCUGUGGAUUCCAGUGAAUCGGCCGGAUGCGUCCGCAAAUUUCCCCUCAGCUGUUCUUCCGGUAACGCUACUUCUUCUGCGAGCAAGAUGGUGGAAGUUCAGAGGGCCAUGUACGUUGGAAAUCUUUUGCAACAACUCUCCAAAGACCCGAUUUCCCUCGAGCAGUGCAAGGUCUCUUGUUUGAAGGAUUGCCGCUGCCUGGGUGCUACGUACAUGCUCGCGGGAACAAAACGUUGUAGUCUUCUUGGUGGUGAAGAUGGAAGACUCUUCAAUGGUGUCCAGGCAAUGGAGCGGGCCUCCAUCGCACUUCUCAAAGUUUCGGCACUGGAUCCAUUGACAACUUCUUUCUCCGAGGACGUGUUUGUGACGGUCCUGGAUGCUUAUACGCCGUCACUCCCCGAUUCUUUGAGAAACUGGAGUUACUUCUCUGACGCGGGUCACAGACUGGUCUUUGCCAUCGCAAUUGGAGAGCUCGCCAGUUUCUUGUGCAUCGCGUUGUCGGCGUGGUUCUGCUGGCGAAGAUCUCUUCGUGGAAUGUGGAAGAAAGCCGCCAAGGAUCACCGCGGCCCGACAUGGUUCUCGUACGAGCAGCUGGAAGUUGCCACAAACCAUUUUAGCUGCAAGCUCGGGGCCGGUGGAUUCGGAAGUGUUUACAAGGGUGUUCUUCCGGAUAUGACGGUGGUGGCAGUAAAAACUCUUGAAGGAGCUGCCAGCCACGGCGAGAAACAGUUUAAAGCCGAGGUCGCCACCCUUGGAAGGGUUCAUCACGUCAACUUAGUGAAACUUUUGGGCUACUGCGCUGAGGGAAGCCAUCGUUUACUCGUCUACGAGUUCCUGAGCAACGGAUCACUGGACCAAGAGUGUAUCGAUCUCUGGGGAACGAGGUACUCGAUUGCUCUUGGUGUUGCAAAGGGCAUCACGUACUUGCACGAGGAGUGCUACGAUUGCGUCCUCCACUGCGACAUCAAGCCGCAAAACGUUCUCCUCGACGAGAACUUCUGUCCAAAGGUGUCGGACUUUGGCCUGGCCAAGCUCAUUGACAAAGAACGGGCUCUCGAUGUGACCACCAUCCGAGGAACUCGAGGCUACAUGGCACCCGAGUGGGUCGGCGACCGUCCCAUCACCUCCAAAGUGGACGUCUACAGCUACGGCAUGGUGCUACUGGAGCUGCUCAGCGGCAACGACAAGUCGAGAAUCGGCCAGAACCGCUACUUUCCAGUGUGGGCUUUUCAAAAGUACGUGGCCGGAGAGCUCCACGCCAUCGCGGACCCGGGGCUUAAAAACUUGGAGUGGAACGAGUUCGAGCGGAUGAUCAAGGUGGCGUUUUGGUGCAUCCAGCUCGACGCCAGGUCCAGGCCGAGCAUGAGCCGGGUGGUGCAAAUGCUGGAGGAGCCCGACUUGGAGGUGGCUGUGCCGCCGUUUCCAACGCCAGCCUCGGAGGAAGUGGUGAGCGGGAAUAGUCCGAGCUUUCUUCCUCCACUGUCACAGUCGGUGAUCGAUCCAAGAUAGAAUUCAAGUA